CUUUGGAUAAAUGAUUAUGUGAAGAAGAAGCUAAUGUAACCCGUAGCGGUGGGUUAGUCCAUGAUGGCGUUUAUGGAUUCAGUUUUCUCAGACUAGUGCUGUGAAGCAUGACUGCUUUAAGUGAACCGUGAUUUCCUUCAGCAUGCUUGUGGACCGCCUUGACGGGCAGUGGAGGCUGCUGGUGCGUGCUCUGCUCUCCGGGGACCAUGGCGUUCACCGAGCUCUGGAGGUUUUCCACAAACAGCAGCGGGCAAACUCCGACACCUCUUUGGAUCACUUUAUACAGGCGCUAUGUGAAGACGAGGUCACCUGUGCACUGCCCGAAGAACGCCCAGUCAUUCUUAAACCAUUGGUAUGUCUCUUCCCAAGUUUAUUUAAACAAAACCUUCUGGCUUUUGUUUAUCACCUUCAUCAUGUUCUACUUCAGUCCACUGUCAGUCAUCUGCUGGACUGCAUCAAACAGGACUGUCCAAAGUCAUGGGUCACAUCUUUGGUCACACAGUUGGAAAGACAACUUAACAUUGACAAGGAGAGGCCUCUGUUUAGUGCACAGUGUGGUCAAAGUCUCACAAAGCUAGUUCAUCAACUCCCCAGAAGUGAUAAAGCUGGAGGAUGGGCCAGCUACUUCAAUUUUAUCUCAACUGCAUCUCAGUCUGGUUCAACUUUAACUCAAGUUGCAUCACAGAGAAAAAGAAAGAGCAGUGAUGUUUACCAGGACUCGGACAGUGAGCAAAUCAGUCAACAGAAUAAACGCAUGCGAAUAGAUCUUUGUGUUGGUGAAUAUGUGGGGACACAAGAACUAAGUAAGAAAGAGAAAACCCCGGAUGCUCCUGAGGCUGUGAUAUCAUCCGAGCCAAUAGACCCACCACCUCAUGCCCUCCAUGACACCCUGCCUGAGAACAUAAAGGUAGCUGUUUUGCAGUUGAAAGACUUACUAGAGAGCAACUCAGAGUGGGACGAGGGCUCUUCAGAUGUGGUGAAAAUCCUCAAUGACUGUGAUCCUGCUCAGCUGGAGAUGGUCUAUAGCACAUUAAAUUUACCAAAGAUACCUGAACACGUUCUACCAAAACUAUGCAGCAGUGUUUUGGCUCUCUCUCCUGAUCUUAGUUUUAGCACUGCGACUACAUUUAUUAGGAGUCUCCUACUCGAGAAGAUCGUUUCAUUGUCUGAACCAGCCUCAAGAUGUUUGGUUACAACAGUUACAUCAUUGUGCAGUCGCUACCCCAGACCAAUGUGCCAUGCUUUAUUUGAGCAUGUUUUAGAGGACAAAAACAUAGGGAAUUUACAAGCUGACCUGUUGAACAAACUGGUUGAGGGUUGUUUGGAUUCCCAUUACAGACUCCUAGUUCUUCAGAUGACUUGCAAAGUACAGUGGACUGAAGCGGUGCUAUCCAUUAUACACUGCUUACUGGACUCCAAGUUGGAUAUCAAUGAAGAUUUGUUUACACAAUUUACUGAACACCUCAUGAGCCAAUCUUAUGAACUGAUUAAAUCUGUGAAGUUUGCAAAAAUGUUCCUCACCGUACUCACCAAAUACAGCAGUAGUAUAAAUGCUGCCCACAAACAUACACUGUCCAACUGCCUGAUGCUCAAUGAUACCUUCCUUAAAAAGUCUCUUCAAGCUGCUUUAAAAAGAAUUACACACACAUGAGUAAGCACUGGAAAACCAAAUAAACUGCAACAGUGCAGGUUAUUAUUAAUUUCACAACAUUAUUAUUUAUUAUUAAACAUUUCUAAAUGUUUUUGUCAGUAUUAAAUAUCAGUGUUUUUGACUUCUUAUAAAUACAUUUUCCAUGUCAAA